GCUCUCUAUCCUCCUGAGCCGAGUCAAACGCUCCUACCUACCUCCUGCCCUGCUCUCCAUCCACACCAGAUCAGGGAGGGCACGGCGGGGUGCUCGCCGGAGCGCAGAGAGGAUAGGAGGCGGCGGCCGAUGAUUUGCUUGCUUCGUUGAGCAGCGGCUGGUUUGCUUCAUCACAUCUUUCCUUUCUUGGAUAGCCACACCGGCCCGGCGACCACCUCUCUGCUGGAGCUAGCUGCAGGCCUUGCAUUUCCAGGUAAUUAGUUACUGAUUAACAUCUUUUUAUUGAACCUCUGCUAGCUUAACCAUGUUUAACUCAGCUUUUUGCAUGCUUACUGUCGAUUUGCUGCCAACAUGCUACACCUACCUCUCGGUCUAGUACAACUAGUUGGCAGGGAUUCAUGCAAACAGCAAUACUAAUGUUGGGUUUAUUUUUAUUUUUAUUUAUUUAUGUUUUUCGAAAAGGAGGAUGCAUGAAAGAGAUAUAUGCUUGCUUGCUUUGUUUCAUAGCAACUUAUUCAGAAAUAGUACUGCUUCAUAGUAUAUAGUAUAAUGCUACGCCUCGAGGAAAAAAACAGAAACAGUCUAACUAGUUUUAGAAGUUUAUGUUAGGGGUCAAAGUUUUUCAUUAUAUUCGCAAAACAGAUGAUGGUCUCUUGAUCUGCUCUAACAACAAAUAGUAGUCUCUCAUAAUAAAUUAUGUGCUUCAUCUUGUUUCAAGCUAGGUUAUAAGAACUCACAUUACAUAUAACUGGAGUAUCAAUGGAUCCCCAAUUGCAAGCUAGUAGUAGUAGGAGUAUUACACAAAGGGACCUGGAGCGCAUGCUACUUGAUGAAGCUGCAGAGCCCAAGGCCCUUCCGUUCUCACUUUUGGAGAAGAUCACAAACAAUUUCUAUUAUAAGAAUGAAAUUGGUAGCGGUGGUUUUGCAGUGGUUUAUAAGGGAAUGCUUAAGAAUGGGGAGGUCGCCGUAAAGAGGUUACGCGAUGCAUAUAAGUAUGAGAAAGAAUUCCUCCGAGAGGUUGAAUCUCUCAUGAAGGUGAAGCAUAAAAAUAUAGUACAGUUCCUAGGGUAUUGUGUUGACAUACAAGGGAAGGUGGAUAGGUACAAUGGAAAAAUUAUUAUGGCCGACGUACAAGAAAGAUUGCUUUGCUUUGUGUAUCUACCUAACGGCACUCUCAAUAAGCAUAUCAAAGACACAUCUUGUGGGACUGAAUGGAAAACAUGUUAUCAUAUAAUCAAGGGGAUAUGUGAGGGCCUACAUUACCUCCACAGUAUAAAUAUUAUGCACCUCGACUUGAAACCAUCAAAUAUAUUGAUGGAUGAUAAUAUGAUACCAAAAAUAACUGACUUUGGUGUCUCGAGGAACUUUGAGGAAAUGCAAACCCAAACCAUUGCUACAAAAAUGAUUGGAACGAUUGGAUAUUUGGCGCCAGAAUUCCACACCAAUGUAAUCACACGCAAGUUUGACUUGUAUAGUCUUGGUAUUAUAAUAAUGGAGAUAUUGACCGGAAAGAGGGAGUCUCAACCUGUUGAGAGUGUGCUUGAAAGUUGGAACAGUAGGUUGGAGCUAUCACAGGGAAACCAGCAUUAUGAACAAAUACGAGCAUGCGCUGAGAUUGGGAUUGAGUGCAUACAAGACGAUCCAACAAAGAGACCAGCUAAUAUGACACAUAUAAUGGAUAGGCUUGCUGAAACAGAAAGAACAGAGCCCCUCUGCGAAUGCUUGGAUGACACGGCGGCCCGAGAGGUCGCCUCGUUCCUUCACCUCAAAUCCAACUGGGCCGAUCUGGACAAGGCCGAGAAGCUACUGCUAGCUGUCGAGAAGAGGGUGAGGGCGCGAGUCACCGCAGAGGUGGACAAGCUGAACCUCUGUGACCCUCAGGUGCAGGUCUGGCUGAGGCGUGUCGAAGAGCUACAACUGGAUGCCAUCGAUGAGGACUACAGCCAGUUGAGGAAGUAUUCUUGCCUCGGCCAGUGCACCAUCCAUGCUCACCAGUGUACAUCGAUCAGCAGGCGUGUUCUUGAGGCUCUAGAUGAGGCAAAUAAACUUAUCGAAGAAGGGAGGCGGUUCAAGAUAUUUGGAUUCAAGCCCCUGCCGAAGAUUGUUGAUCCCUUGCCUCAAAUCGAGACGUUUGGUUUGGAGACCAUGCUGAGUCAGCUCCAUGAUCUGUUUGAGAAGGGCGACUCGAACAUAAUUGGUGUGUGGGGUCAAGGAGGUGUUGGUAAGACGACGCUUCUACAUGUUUUCAACAAUGAUCUUGAAAAGAAGGCCCAUGAUUAUCAGGUUGUUAUCUUUAUUGAAGUAUCCAAUUCAGAGACGCUAAACACAGUGGAGAUACAACAGACUAUCUCUGAAAGGCUCAACUUACCGUGGAAUGAUGCGGAGCCAAUUGCCAAACGGGCCAAAUUCUUGAUAAAGGCACUUACUAGGAAAAGAUUUGUAAUCUUGCUUGAUGAUGUAAGGAAGAAAUUCCAACUGGAGUAUGUUGGUAUCCCAACUCCAGAUACCAACAGCCAGAGCAAGCUGAUCCUCACAACACGUUACCGAGAAGUAUGCUUUCAGAUGAAUGCACAAAGAAGCUUGAUUGAGAUGCGAAUUUUGGGUAACGAUGCUUCAUGGGAACUGUUCUUGGGCAAGCUGAGCAAGGAGGCUAGUGCAUCAGUUGGAUGGCUUGGUUCCCAGAAUGAUACUAGAGAGCACGCUAUGAAAAUAGCCCAAAGUUGUGGAGGCCUACCACUUGCACUCAAUGUCAUUGGGACCGCUGUGGCAGGCUUGGAAGAGGGAGAGUGGAGAUCAGCUGCGGAUGCAAUUGCUACCAAUAUGAACAAUAUUGAUGGUGUGGAUGAAAUGUUUGGUCAGUUGAAAUACAGCUACAAAAGUCUCACACCCACUCAACAACAGUGUUUCCUAUACUGCACUCUUUUCCCAGAAUAUGGAUCUAUCAGUAAAGAGCAACUUGUUGAUUAUUGGUUAGCCGAAGGUCUGCUAUUAAAUGACUGUGAAAAGGGUUAUCAGAUAAUCCGCAGUCUUGUUUCAGCCUGCUUGUUGCAGGCCAGUGGCUCAAUGUCAACAAAGGUAAAAAUGCACCAUGUAAUUAGGCAACUGGGGCUUUGGUUGGUCAACAAGUCAGAUACAAAGUUUCUUGUUCAACCAGGGAUGGCCUUGGAUAAUGCUCCAUCAGCUGGAGAAUGGAAUGAAGCUACAAGGAUCUCCAUCAUGUCUAAUAACAUCACCGAGGUUUCUUUCUCACCAAACUGCAAAAAUGUCACGACUUUGUUGAUGCAGAACAACCCAAAACUGAACAAAAUGAGUUAUGGAUUUUUCAGGACUAUGUCGUCCUUGAAAGUGCUGGAUCUUUCUCAUACUGCAAUAACAUCACUUCCAGAAUGUGCUACAUUGGUUGCAUUGGAGCAUCUGAAUUUGUCUCACACACACAUUAUGAGAUUACCUGAGUGCCUGUGGUUACUGAAAGAGUUGAAGCAUUUGGAUCUGAGUGUGACUAUUGCACUUGAAGAUGCCCUGAACAACUGCUCAAAGUUGCACAAGUUGAAAGUGCUCAAUCUCUUCCGUAGCCAGUAUGGUAUCCGUCAUGUUGACAACCUAAAUCUGGAUUCUCUGAAGGAACUAGUGUUCCUUGGAAUCACUAUUUAUGCAGAGGAUGUGCUACAGAAAUUGAACAUGCCUCGUCCUUUGGCAAACUCAACACAUCGACUAAACUUGAAGAAUUGUGCAAAGAUGAUAUACAUCAAAAUCUCUGAUCUAAACCACAUGAAGCACCUUGAGGAGUUGUAUGUUGAAUCAUGCUAUGACCUGAACACAGUAGUUGCUGAUGCUGAGCUUACAACUUCACACUUGCUGUUCCUGACCCUGUCAGUUCUUCCCUCAUUGGAAAGUGUCGUUGUUGCACCAAUGCCCCAUAAUUUUCAGUAUAUCCGCAAAUUGUUCAUUUCACAGUGCCCCAAGCUGUUGAACAUCACAUGGGUGCGAAGACUUCGUCUUCUUGAGAGGCUUGCCAUAUCUCAUUGUGAUGAGAUGCUCGAAAUUGUUGAAGACGAUCAUGCUUCAGAUGAACAAGAUCAUGGUAUGGUAGAAACUUCACGCAAUGACACAGGGCAGAGUGACUUCCCAAAGUUGAGAUUGAUCGUAUUGACAGGACUUAAGAAGCUGAGAUGUAUUUGUAAACCAAGAGAAUUCCCAUGCCUUGAGACCCUUCGGGUGGAGGAUUGCCCAAAUCUGAGAAGCAUCCCGCUGAGCUUCACACAUAACUAUGGGAAACUGAAGCAGAUAUGUGGUUCAGUUGAUUGGUGGGAGAAACUGCAGUGGGAAAAUAGGGAGGAGGUGGCAUGUCUGGACAGCAAGUACUUCAUUCCAAUCUGACAGAACCCCAGUUUCAAUGGCUUUUGUAUGGCAUGCAGGUGGCUUACUUCUGUCUUUAGUCUUCACACAAAUAAGAGGUCUCCUCUUAAAUUCUUUAAAAUUUGUAUAUGUGACAGGCAUAGCUUCUGUACAUUGUUAGUAUUGUAUUCAUGUAUACAAUAUGAUAUACUCUGUAAUUUGCUGGUAUUGCAUUUGUGUAAUAUGAAUUGUUCAUUUAAA